UUACUUUAUUCGAGGCAGUCAAUUGCAGUGACAGCUUGUCAGAUUGGAAGUCGUCUGCACGAGGAGUGUUCAAACGAAAAAUAUGCGGAAAAUUCCAGUAUUUGACCGCGAAGCGCGUCCCCGCUGUGAAAUGCUGAGCUCGUUUUCAUGAAACACCGUUUUACUCAAAAUUCCUCAAGAUCUCCUUCAGGGGACUCGGUCGAGCAAACUCCCGAAGAUGAGCAAGAUUCAAGGAGGUACUGACAAAAAAAUGUCACAGCUGCCAAGCUGGUUGUGGGUCAACUCGAACAGUCUGCCUCCGAUUUAUAAGCAUGUGUGGGAAGCUGCUCGAGAGGACAAACCUAGUCCAGGAAGCAUACAUGGGGAAUUGCUCGUCGACACCAAUAAAGUCUUUCCGAUUUUGCUCAGUAGUCAUCUACCUGCUCAUGUGUUGGGAUACAUCUGGAGUCUCGCAAAUCAAAAGUAUGCAGGGAAGCUUACCGAACAGGAGCUAUACGUUGUUCUAGCACUGGUUGCAAUUGCCCAAGCUUCUUACUCUUUCAAUAGCCUAGAUAUUUUACAUUUUGUCCCUGUGCCACCAACACCUUUCUUGAAUACCGCAUUAUUAGACACCAGGGACAAGGGUGAUCGAAAUGCAGACCCGUCAUUCUCCUUUGAAUCUAACGUGAAUGUCAACACUUUUGGUGGGAAACACGUGCUUCAAGGAAAAGCUGGAAGUAGAUCGAAUCCAUCUGACACGAUACCAUUUGGGCCAGCUCAUUCAUCAUUCAAUGGGAAGUUUCCAAAUGAUGGAAAAUUGGAUGUAAAAAUUCAACCUACCGGUGGACAACCAGUAAGCUUAAAUUCUGUCGGUUUCCCAGAUGGAAGACACAACUUUCAGGUUCAUCAAGAUUCCAGAGUUACAAGCAAUGCUUCGACGACAGAUUUUGGUGAUGAUUUUUCAGAUUUUCAGAGUGCUCCUAUUCCUAGCACUCCUACUAUUUCCAUACUGGAUACAAAACAAGGCUCUGCUAUUGGAAGUAGGCUCGCUAAUCAUAAUCUGGGAGUGAAGCGACCUAGCGAUAAAGUCAAAAAGUCUAGUGCCAACAAGAACUCUCAUACCAAUGCUCAGACUCGUUCAUCCGCAGCAAAUGUAUAUCCAGCUAUGCAUACUAAGGAUGGAGUAAUGACUGAACGAGUGUUAGAAUUAUUUCCUAAAUGCACAUUGAAGAGCCAAGCAAAAACUGUAAUUCUGAAGGAUACAGUGAUAAGAAAUAGCGAACCACCCAGAACAAUUGAAAGUAGUUCAAAAAAUGCUGCCAUCGUUAGCGAAAAAGCAAGUUCCAUAUCGAAUAGUUCUACUGCAGUUCUAGGAUAUGGUAAUAAGGUUGUACCGAAGGAUGCAGAAUCCGUUCAGCAAGAUCUAAUGAACCUGCAGCCAGUGGAAGAUAAAUACAGUGCAUUGCGCAUCUUAGUGGAAGAUGCAAGUCCGUCCCUUGUUGAACCCUCCACUUCACCAACUCGUGAUGAUUUUGGUGACUUUGUUUCCGCUGAGCAACCUGAACCAGCUCAGAUAGCUGUAAAUUCUUCCAGUUCUGGAAGUUCAUUGGAUUUGUUCACUGAUUUUGACUUCAAGCAGCCUAUAGAUGAUCCUAAUCAGAAAGAUACGUCAUUAAUUCAGGCAAUUUCUGAAACUUUUGGUGCUCUUGAAAUUGAAAGUAGCACUGACCAACAAUCAUUGGAGGACAAAUUUUACACCUCCAAUGAACCUGAUAAAACAUUUCAAAAGGAAGAUGCGCUAUCUAUACAUAGCAUAGAAUUAGGAAAUGGUACGACAGGAGGUUUGACACGAUCUGGAUCGGUACCUAGUUUAGAUCUGAAAUCAUUUUUGCCAUCUACCCAAGAUGAAGAGCAGCAAGUAGAAAAUAUGCACCAGCUGAUAUACUGGGAGUGGAAGCAGUACAUGGAAAGUUGUGUUUUAUUGCUACAAGUCGCAGCAAAUCUGUUUACAAAUAUUACAUCAGAAGUAGUAUUACGGGAAGUCUUAUCUUCUGCUCAAGGAUACAAUUUUCUCUGCAAUCUAGCCGAAGUUGCUGCAGUUUGCAGACGAGUGAACUUUUCGCACAAAGAAAUGGAUAUAAAUAUUAUGGGAUUCGAUGACCUUUUACUGGAUAUCGAUAGAAUUUGGGCUGAAAUGGAACCAUUUUAUGCUAACAUUCCGAUUGUAACAGAAUUACCAGUAUGGCCGGAACAUCAAGGGGAGGGUAUGAUUUGCGCUUUAUGCUUAACAGUUGUAACUAGUGGUAGAGUAGUUUACAAUGAAAAUAAUUAUCAUGCAACGUGUGCUAAUUUAUGGCUAAACUGUGUGAGCAGUGAUCUCCCUGCCUUAGCAUAUUCUACGUUUCAAAUGCAUUCUUCAGUACCUUCGAGUAGCAGUCACAUUUGACGUAAAGUCAAGUAGGGAUUUAUAAUUGCAGCUUGAAUACCUCCUGCCAUCAAUGCAGUUUACAAUUACAAAAAAAAAACGAUAUUGUUCUCGGGUCAUGAUUAUUUGUAAUGUAUAUUAAACUGUACAAUUGAUUUAGUUGAUUGUUUUGUUAACCGCUUAGCGCGAGUGAUAAAUGCCAAUGUUCCUUUAUGAUUAAAAAAUGGGGCCAAUCGAACUACUCAUUCCCAUUAGAGCCAGUCUUUCAGUGAUCUAAGCAAAGCACACAUGUCGAUGUACAGGUUAAAACAUUAAUAACUUCUUUUAAUCUAAUAAUCCAAUAGGCGAGUCGAAAAUAGCAGUUUAUUUCUACAAAAUAUGAACCCCUUAAAUUUCUGUGGUAUAAACUAUUUUAUUGGAUAUUGUUUACAAAUAUCAAAAUAUAUAUUACUCUACAGGUGGUGUUUUUAGAUGUACGAAUAGCCUGAAGGAGGAAUUCUACAAGCUCAGUACUUACUUUGACUGAUUUUUUGUAGAAUUAGAUAUAUACUCGAUACAAUGUAUACCCCUUUUAGCAUUAAAUA